GCGCGCAAUCCAAAUCGCAAGCGCCAUCUUUGGACCGAAGUCUUAUCUCGUAUUAUUGGAGACAAUCGCAGCUAAUUCUGUGAAUAAAAGUUAUAAUACAAAGACAACAAUAAUUUCAGUGAUGGAAAAACCAGAAAUGUUAUCGGUCAUGGACAAUGAGUGAUUCGGAAUCUGAAAGAUCUGAUGGAAGACACUUCGGUAGCAGUGAUGAGGAAACUGAUGAUGCAGAGCCACUAGAUCAUGAUUACAAUUUGCCACAAGUUAAAGGCAAGAAAGUUGUAAAUCGUGGCAAGUGGACCAAAGACGAGGAUGAAAAGCUUCGAAAGAUAGUGGAAGCUAAAGGAUUACAUGACUGGAAAGUUGUGUCCAGUUUUUUCCAAGAUCGCACCGAUAUACAGUGUCAACACCGCUGGCACAAAGUCUUGAAUCCUGACCUCAUUAAAGGACCUUGGACCAAGGAGGAGGACAAUAAAGUGAUCCACCUUGUUCAAGAGUACGGCCCUAAAAGGUGGACACUUAUAUCUAAACACUUGAAAGGACGAACUGGAAAACAGUGUCGAGAAAGGUGGCACAAUCACCUGAAUCCCAACAUCAAAAAGACAGCUUGGACAGAAGAAGAAGACCGGCUUAUUUACCAGCUACACCGGCGGCUGGGAAACCGUUGGGCUGAAAUUGCUAAGUACCUGCCAGGCAGGACAGAUAAUGCAAUAAAGAACCACUGGAACUCUACCAUGAAACGAAAAUAUGAGAGUGAAGAGAUGGGAACAGUGGAUCGGGGCGGAUCAGGUUUGCUGCCUUUAUAUAACCAUCCUUACACUCCAAGUUCAUCUCAUCACAGUCUGCAUGGCAUACAGCCUGUCCGCCUCUUUCCCAACUCCCACUCACACACCUCCACUCAUUCCAAAGCUAUGAAUAUGAAACAUAUAAGCAUGAAUAUGCACAGUGCCUUGGGGGAUCAUGAAAUGGGACCGCUUCAGAUGACACGCGGAGGAUCUGCAACUCCUUUGAAGUCACUUUCAGAUUUGCCAGACACAUUUUUGGACCCUGGUAAUGAGUUUAAUGGACUAACUUCCUUGGAAUUGAUGGAAGGAGUAGAUGUGCAAACUGGUGUAACCCCUAUUAAGUUUUCUUCACUUCAUAGUGAAGAUGUUCGUUUUGAUGGCCAUGCAGUGGAAAAGAUUCGCAAUUCACAAGGCUUGAUGUCUAUGACAUCCGCCAUCAACAGAAUGAACACCCCUGCCAUUCUACGCAAAAGUCGUCGCCGAAAACAUAAACCAUCACGUAACAGGAUGCACAAUGACCAGCUUCUACUGUCCAUGGGAGUAAUAGAGCAUGAGGAAGACGAAGAAGAUGAGGAAGAAGAGCUGGAGGACGAGGGAGAUGAUGGAAGCAAGGAGAAUAAGCCCCCAGAGCUGGACAGUCACCCCUCUUCCUGCACCCCCACUGGCACUCCCAUCAAGAACCUGCCCUUUUCUCCUUCUCAGUUUCUCAACAGUCCUGAGCUUCCCUUUGCCACUAGCAAGCUCACUUCCACUCCUAUUUCUACACUACCGUCUUCUGCUUCCACUGUCACCUCUGGAACAUCUUGUACUCUGGGAUCUUUACCCAAGCAGACAACACCCUAUGGCAACCCCACGAUGCUUGAGCUGUCUCCUCGCACUCCGACACCUUUCAAACACGCAAUGGCGGAAGUUGAACGCCGUGCUCGUGCCAAAGAAUGGAGUCCUGGUGAUCUGGAGGACCUUGGUGAGGUUUUGAAAGACUGUGAAGCAGGCUAUGAUGCAGAUCUUUCCAGUGGUGUAACACCAGCCAUGCAGACACGUCAUUCCAAGCGUAAGCCUAACAAGGAGCAUGUGCAGCAUAAAAAGGUCCGACAGUCAUUGGAGCAAAAGUGGGCCACACAAGAAGAAGAAAAGAAAUCUCUUCUACUCUCCCCUGAAACACCAAGCAAGAGCUUGGCCGGUGACUCCAGUCUUCUUUUUUCACCACCCUCAAUCAUCAAGGAUACAUUGCCAGAGGAAGUCCUAGAGGAGGUGUUUGCUCUGCCUAAGUCCGUGCUAUCUAUGGCUGGUGCUCCUGGCAAACGGAAAAGGAAGUCUAUGAAACGAAUCCGAUUUGAUGAUGAAUAUCCUGUCAGAAGUAUGCUAGAAACCAAGGUGAAGCUGGAUGAAAAUUUUGAGACUGUUGCCUGUGGCAAGACACCUGUUCAGCUGGAGAUGACAGAGCUGGCUAAGCAGUGCUCCAUGACAUUUAAACCUCGAUCAUUGGUCCUGUAAUUAGGUCUGACUUGCUCCAACUUAAAGUAACAGUAUAUAGCGUAUUGAGCACAACCCUACAUCGAUGUCAAGCAGCCAACUUUCUCAGAGAUGUGUAUAUGUCAACAUCCCCAGCUCUAUAAAUGUUGUGACCAGAUGAUUCUUGUGCACCUGGGUGCUUUAUUGGGUGCUGCUUCAAAAGUUCUGAUGUCAUGCAGAAGCAAUAGUGUUGAAAGUGUGAGAGUUCUUCAUUCCUAGGAAGCAUCAGAAUUCCAUCCUUGCUGCAGAAUUGAUCUUGGCGGUUUCUCUCAUCACAGCUGCAUGUCUGUUGUCCUGUUAUCAGACAGGAGCCUGUAUAUUUCUGGCACAGAGCUAAGAAAUCAGCAGCCUUCAGUAUAUAAAGUGUAUUCAAAUUAACAAUGAUGUAGAUAUUGGUUACCUGUUUUUUUCAUUCUUGGAAUGACAAACCUAUCCCAGGAUUUUAAGGAUGUCUUUGUAGUAAAAUUGCAAAGUAUCAGCACCACCUGCAUUUUAAAACACACCAUGUAUUUUAUUAUAAGUUGAAGGUUUUAGUGCAUUCAGAUUCUGAAGUUUUCAUGCCUGUAUUGUGAUAAAAGUUGAGUUUUAACUAUUGUCUUUAGCAAAAUGGGUUGCUAAAGUUUAGAUCCACUUUUGUAAACAAUGGGUUGCUGGAUUUUAACUACUGUCUUGUAAAAGAGAGUGGCUUGCUGGAUUUUAAGUACUGGCUUGUAAAAUAGCCAACUAUCAGAUUGUGGUUGUUAAGCUUCGUUUCAAGUUGGACCUGUUUUUAAGUCCUGACUACUGUUAUUUAAGCUUUAGUUUUUGGAAAUUGACAGGAAAAGCUUUAUUGUGGCUUGUCUUUUAGACAUGACUGUAUAAUCCACUCCCAUGCUACUUCCAUGCUGUGAAGAUGUGUUAUGCAUAUUAGCUGAUUGUCAGUUGACUUCUGGUCAACAUUACCACAUCUGUUUUUUAUGGGCAAAUGAUGUCUUCUGGAAGACCAUAUGAUGUUCAGUGUGUAAGGGUGCAGUGUGUGGGUGGGUAAGUAGAUGCAUGUGAAUAUAUAGAUGUCUUUAGAGCAGAUCAUUUCCUUCAUUGUCCUAAUUUUUAUAAAAUAUUGCAUGUGUUGUAUGUUCCAGUGGUUUUCUUUUUCUUGUUUCUGUACCUCUCUUGUUAAGAGAAAAUGACACAAAACUUGUUAACUUCUUUGCAUUUUUAUCUAUAGCUUUUGUUUCUUGAAUCUGUUGUUAUGACAUAGAAUUAUGGGUAGGAUAUACUGUUCUUUAGUUUUCAUUAAGAAAUAUAUGGGCAAAGUGUGAGUUAUUGACACUAUGCAAGAAUAAAUUGAAGGUAUUAGUGAACUUUACAACAACUGUUUGUAUUUAUAUCAAGCAUUGAAGUGUAAAGGUUUUCUUGAGAAAUGAAGAACAUACACGAACUUUGAUUCAGGAAAUCAUAAACACCUCAAACCAAACAUUUUGCAUUGAUAAUAAAAUAUCACCAUAGUUUUAAGUAGAAAUUCUCCAUCUUGGUUCCAAGCAUUUACUCUUGACAUUGUGUUAGUCUGAAUUGUAAUUUGUGGUCUUCUGAUUGUAUAAAUGCAUUUUUACAUUUUUAUUGGUAAAUGGGUGGAAUUUAGUUAAUAAUAAAUAAGGCAAACACUAUGCUUAGCUAGCUUAGAGUAGUGAAUUGGACAAGCUGGACACUUGGUGCUUGCAUGCAAAGUUACUCAUUUUGGGAGGGACAGGAGUUCUACGGUAAAGAUUGAAGAAGUGCUUGUGUUGUCACAACACAUAGAACAGCAAGCAGCUUGUUCCUCUGUACAGAUAUUGUGGACAAAUGUCACAGUAAAGUGAACUAGCUUGAGCACAGAUGUCUUGAGGUUAGCCUGAUAACCUCUUGACCUCUCAAGCCAGGCAGGUUCCUGUGCUGAAUAGAGAUCUUGCCUACUUUGAACAAGGAACAGUGUGUCCAGAUUGUCGAAUGACUUAGCGGGAGGGAGUAGAGGAAGGGUGAAAUACAGUGUGAGCAAUCCCAACUGCAGCAGCAGCAGAAUGAGUCUGGAGCGUAAAGAUCCAUAUUGCAGAAAUUGAUGACACUACACUUCCUGCUGUAAUUUGAUGAAUAUUUUGAUAGCUUAAUAGUGAAAAACGCACCCAGUCUAUACAAUCCACUGCUGCUGUGAGCAGCCUAACAAAGAUGUGGGGGUUGUGGACAAAGUGUAAAGGGACUAAAGGACUGGCAAACAUUGUGAUCCCUUGGCAUGCCAGCAAGAUUCAUGUGUUUUAAAGCAUGUUUAUUUCAUAUUUCUGUAAAAAAGUUUGCUGACAUUUGUUGGAUUUUCUCUUCUUUUUUUUUUUUAAAGCUUUACUUAUGCUGAUAUCGCAAAACAUUAUUGAUGGGAGGUACUUGACUAUUGUCUGUUCAUUGGUUUGUUAACCUCCUUGAUAUUCGGCCUCAGAGUUUCAAUUGAAAGCUCUUAGCUCCGAGUAGUACUUGCCUCAGUGCUAUAUCUCUAGUUAAAUCAAGUCGUUUUCAGUAGUGCUAGCUGCCUAGGAUGGUACUUGCUGCAAGCAUUGGUUUUCUAUUGAUACCAUGGUAAACUGUCCUUAGAGUGUGGAUAGUUUCAUAGAAAGUAAAAGCUUUGCCAGACUAGGUCAAAUGUUUGGUUAAAAACAGCCUUUAUCCUGCCUCCCCAGCAUGGCUACAUGGUCUUUAUCCGUCCCUUCUUAAAUGCUUGAGUAGCAUUUCUCUCCAACCUUUAAGUUUCAUCAGUUAUGUUUUCAGCAGACUUGAAAAGUUUUCAUUGGUGUAAAUUAAACUUCUAAGGGAAAUUGUGGCAUUUCACCACUUUCAAAAUUUAUUUAAAAUUUGACCAGUUUUUGUUUCUAUACACUUAUGAAUGGCAAAACGUAGUGAGAGUUUAUGCACCAGUAAAAGAAAUGUUUAUAUAUUGUUCAGAUUAAAGGAUUCCCCACCAUCCCCAUGAAUUUUUUUAUUAUUAUUAUUAUUUGCUAAUAGACUCUGCAUUUUCAUAUUUUGUUCAUGCCACUGCCAUAUAUUUAUGAUCAUUCAGAUACUGUUAAUGUAAAAAGUUUGUCAGCUCACAUCAACCCAAGCAUGUUAAUAAUGGUGAUCAAGGUUCCUCUGUACCAAAUACCAGGUUCCCUUGUCUCCAGUGUUGGGUUUGCGAUUUGACAUAUACAUUGUUCAUAGUAGCAGAAUACUUUAUCACUUGCUCAGAAAUACUUCUGCAUAUUUGCUUAUUUAUUUUGGAGAGGGGGUUCUAAAAUGACUCAAAUCCUAAAGAUCUGUACUUUUUUUCUUCAUUGUUUCAGAGACAGGCCUAUUUUUCAUCCUCUGAUGGUUUACUGUCCCCCCUGCCCCAACAACCGUUUUUUUCAGUGCCCUAGAGUUUGACUUCCAGUGUGGACUUUCAGGCCACAGCUCUGUAUUGGGCAGAGCUGCUGGACACACUAUCAGCGUGGGUAUGUAAGCCUGUCUUUCGUGGGCAGGUUUCAGUGUAUGACAACAUGGGGCUGUACAAGAGCACACAGUUUUACAGUUGGUCUGCUGGUGGCUGAAAUGAUCAUUUUCUUUUAAAGAGGGAAAACUUACAGCUGUGCUCUUAGGUCAUGUGUUCAUGUUAACGUUUGAAGUAUGUUAUCCUUGUGUAUUGAAGGCUGGCAGAUGUGAUUUUCCACUUGUUUUAUUUUUCAAGCAAUAAAAAUGAAAACAAA